UGCGGCUAAAAAUCCUCUUGGAAUAAUUUUGCUUACUAAUCAAUUAAGUUGGAUGUGAUUGUGCGAGAUGUCAACAUUGGUUACAACAGGACACGUUCCAACUGACUGCUGGCUGUCAAAAUGCCAUCAAAAUUGAUUGUCAAUUGUUUGCUAUUUGCAUUUUGCGCCUGAAAUUUUAUAUCAACGUAGGAAAGUAUUUGUUUUCACCGUAUGGAAAUAUUUGAUUCUAUAUUACAUUAAUACAUAUAUAGAAAGCCUUUGGAAAUAGAUCGAUUCAAUUAGUGUAGAUCUGAGCUAUUGUAGCUGCAGUUGAAAUCGGAACUUAGUUAUUAAGCUGUAAAUCUAAAAGGAGGCAUGGCGCGUAUUCACGAGUUCGAGGAUCUUGUGUUGGAUGCACUUGAAGUUGUAGAAUUUAAGUUAAUACGACGUAAGCAAGAUCUCGAAGACGACAGCCUGGUUUUCCAACCGUUAAUGGCACAUCAAAUUUUUGGAGAAUCGGAGAGCAUAUUUGGUUACAAAGAUCUGCAGGUGCGCAUAUUAUAUACAGCCGGACCGCUUCAUAUUUACAUUGGCGUUGAAUAUAGUAGUCGAGUAAAUGAAUUAUCCAGUGGGGACAUAAAAGCCGACAAUGUCGUGCUAACUAUAGCCGAGAAAUUACCCGAUGGCUGUUUCUUUGUUAAUAUGGAUGAGUUCUUGAAAACGCUAGACAAAGCAGACAAAUUCCAGCCAUUUGGGGAAAAAUUAUCAGAACAUAAAGUGACUGAUGCACAAGGCACUGAGCGCCUGUUUGAAAUAUAUCAUUGUGAUUAUAAGGUGUCGGCAUUUCUAAAAUUCUUUGGCCGUUUACAAACAUUCAUUCUCUGGUUUGUUGAUGCUGCGUCUUAUAUUGAUGUCGAUGAUACACAGUGGAGUUAUUUUGUAUGUUAUGAAAAGUAUAAAAAUGACAAUGGUGACUACCAAUAUGCAACAGUUGGUUACACCACCGUGUAUGAGUAUUAUGCAUACCCACAACAUAUUCGACCACGUAUCAGUCAGGUAUUAGUACUACCACCAUUCCAAAAACUUGGUAUUGGCACUCGUUUCGUAGAGACCAUAUAUAAAUAUUAUCAAUCACAAAAGAACGUCAUUGAUAUGACUGUAGAAGAUCCCUCCGAAGACUUUCAGCGUUUACGUAAUUUUGUAGACGCACGUUUGUGCCUGGGUUUGAAAAGCUUUGCAAGUGGUGUAAUUAAAAAAGGCUUCAAUAAGGAGAUGAUACGAGAAGCACGCGAAACUCAUAAAUUGAAUCCUCGACAGUGCCGCCGUGUCUACGAAAUACUCCGACUUUAUUACACAAAUCUCAAUGACUACGAUGAUUACCAUGCUUAUCGUUUGGAUGUGAAGCGGCGUUUAAAUGCGGUUUAUUAUAAGCAGUUAAAUGAUAUUAAGAAAAUGGAAAAAGCAAAAGUGGAUACCGAAUGGUUGCGGGCGCGCUUGCCUACUCCAAGUCAACGCAUCGAACAAUUACAAGAAGAGUACGCACAAGUGGAAAAUGCAUAUAAACAAAUUAUUCAAAAGUUGCGCACCUAAGCAUACUAAAUGUAGAUUUGACAUUUAACAGAAACGAUUAGAUUUGUCAACAUGUCCUUACUUUUUAUGUAAUAAAUUUUAAAUUAUUGAAAAAAAAAA